AUGCAGAUCAUCUCCCGACAUCAGUACCUCGAACCUGACGACCAGGGUGGUAAUGGAAAGGAUAGAGGUGCUCCAUCUUGUCCUUCGAAGACGAAGUAUCCUCCCAGAGGUCGGCAUGUGGAGGUACGCUCUGUGAAGAUGUCGAACGAGCAGAUGGAUCAGUUUGUCGAGGAUUUGCGUAGGGUGUUGAGGAUGGAGUUCGAUUGUUGGGUAGAACAGUGCUGGGCCGAAGCGUUUCAUCUCCUCUUCACUCGCACACUUCCCACCAUGAUCAUCGAGUUAAUUCUCUCACAGUGUACACCCAGCUUUCUUCGAAAAUCAAUCGUUCAUGGAGGACCCCAUGUUGAUGCUCUCUUCCAAGCUCAAAUGCUCGAUCUUUUAUAUGCCGAAUUGGAACACCGUCUCUCAGGCUCCCAUCUCCUCCCAAACCACGCCGCAGAUCUAUCCUCCGACCCUGUUCACUCCCGCUCAUCACCUUACAAUUGCAACUCGGGAAUCUGUUUUCACUCUCUCGCAUGGAAUCAUGGUCAACCUGCCGACGAUGAUGACCAUGCUAUGUGUUUAUGUCAAUUGACCGCAUGUCUAGAUUGCUUCACUCAAGAUGUUGACACUCGUUUGGGCCCUAUGUCUCAUCUGCCCUUCGAGCUGGUACAGACGACAGCAAGAGAUGGUUGGGCAGGUACGUUAGAAUCUCAAGCAGAUGCGGAAAUACGACAUGCUACCGCAGCCACCAUGAGUAAACCUCCUCAAUUAGAGAAAGUACCGGAAGGAAAGGGGUUUGUGAGAACUAAAAAGCAAAAAGUCACUAAGCCUCCAGCCCUCUUCGCUCAUCCUCAAAUGACAGACGUCUUGGCUGUUGAGGAACAUCUUCGGUGGAGGUUGAAAGAGAUGGGAGCUUCAGAUCCUGCUGUUGAAGCUAGAUAUGGACCAUGUACUAGUGAUCCGGUGGCAUUCGAGGAUGUGGUGUUCCCAGUGGAACAAGACGAGGACGAUGAUGCAGGGGAUAGUCCGCCACAGACAGGUGCGACCAGAGUCGGACCUAGAAAGUUGCUGAAGAUCAAGGGGAAAGGAGGAAGGAGACGGCCCGUGUUGGGGAUAUCAAAUGGAGGAAAGAAGGAGAAAGGAGAUAAGAAGGCUAAGACAUGUCAUUUACCUCGAACGUGGACAGAUGAGGAAGCGCGGGAAAGGAAUCUAGCUAUCGUCUUGACUUUUCGACAUUUUGUCCAGUUGCUCUACUCUAUCGCUUCCGUCUCAUCCCCAUUUGCUUACCCAGAAUACGUUUCCGAUGUUGACGAACUCGAGCGUAUACAUCCUGUCGCGCUAUACAGACAAAUGUGUGCUGUUUGUCUAUUACGUCGGGAUUUUACAGAAGAGAAUAAUCAGUGGACGGAAUGUAUGGACAAAUGGGGUGAAGAGUUAGCAAUGAGGGAGAAAAGCAUGGUAAACCCAGAAGCAGAAUUAUCAUAUUGUGAAGCCAUAGUACAUUACACUCACGCCCUUUCCCUCGAUCCAAAGAAAACCGUUUAUUACACCAAUAGAGCCGUAGCAUUGAAUUACCUAAAAGCGUACGGUAGGGCAGAAUCAGAUUGUGGAUACAUACUUUCCAAAGAUAAGAACAACGCAAAGGCUUAUUAUCAACGAGCUUUGGCUAGAGCUGGAUUGAAGAGAUGGAGAGAUGCUGAAUCUGAUGUCAAAGAGGUUUUAAGGUUACAACCUGGUAAUGAGAGUGCUAAGAGGGUGUUGGAGGCUUUGAGAGGGGAAGUGAGAAAGUUGGAUUCGGUAGAUUAG